ACCCUAAUUUCUUGUUGGUUUCUCCGCCUCUCUCUCAAGAAAAACAAUCGAGACUUUGAAAAUGGCGAUCCUGUGUAAUAACCGGUGAAUUCAACGGCGAAAUCAAGCUUCUCCGCCUCUCUGCUGCUCGCUGCUUCUCUCUGUUUGCCUCCACCUCUGAACUAAUUUCGUUUUUGUUUCACCGCCUCUCUCUGAUGGCCAAAAAAUUGAGACUUUGAAGAUGGCGAUCUUGUGGACGAACCAGUGAAAUCAAAGGCAAAAUCGAGCUUAUCCGCCUCUCUGCCUCUCCGCUUCUCGGCGCUUCUCUCUGAUUCUCUUCACCUCUCCGCUACUCUCCGCCUCUCUGCUUCUCGUCGCUUCUCUCCAUUUCUCUCCACCUUUCGGCUUCUCUCCCCUUCUCCGCCUCUCUCAUCCGGCUAUCUGGUCUCAAUUUGUGAACGAUAUGGAGCUGGAGCUACCUAAACGAUUAUAUGCAGAGGGUUCAGAACCUCGGGUUAAGAAGAUCAACAACAGUUGCCGCAUGGAACUUAUCAGAGAUCUGAAGAAAGCUAUGUGUGCAGAGUACGAUGAUGUGAAGAGAGAUCAUGUUUUCACACAUAUCAUGGCUAUUGCCGAAAAUGAUCUCAAGUUCUCUGGGAAACUAGUGGAUAGCUUCAUAUGUAGACAGCUGAUUACCUCAAAGCUGCAUGAGAAGUGGUUUGUUUUUGCGAGGACGCCUCUCCGGUUUUCGCUUCAGGAGUACCAUGCUGUGACAGGCCUCAAGAUUACACGGGAAACUAACAGUGACGUAGUGAAAUGGAAAAACGACGGGGGUUUUUGGAGUAACCUACUGCACACAGGUGGUAAGAUCACCUUGCAGUCGAUCAGAAAGGUUCAUCUACAAGAAGUUCACACUUGGACGCGGCUUGAUAGGAUGAGGUUGAUCUACUUGUGUGUAAUAGUGGGUGUGGUGAUGGGGAGAGAUGAGAAGGUGUCCAUCCCUCAUAUGUACAUCAAGUUGGUGAUGGAUUUUGACAAGGUUCGGAAGUUCCAUUGGGGUCUUCACUCGUAUGAUUUCCUGUUGAGUUCGAUUGAGAAGGCAAUGAAGAAGUUGGGUAAGAAGGAGAGCUACAUUUUCGAGGGUUUCUCCUAUGCUCUCCACAUUUGGAUUAUGGAGGCAAUUCCUGAUUUUGGAGAAACAUUAGGUAGAAGAGUCUCAGACAGCUUCAAAGGUCCAAGGUGUGGCAAUUGGAAAGAAGUUGCAAAAGUUUCUUAUGAAGACAUCAUUGAGCUCGAGGACUCCUUAACUAAGAAGGUAACAUUCUCUCUGUUUUUUUCUUUUAUAUGGUUGUUGUAUAUAUUUUGUUUGGAUUUUCAUGUUUUAACUGGAAUGAUUGGAUACUCUCUCGGCGAACGCAAAGCAGAGUUGAUGGAUUCGGCAGGGUUUGUUGUCCUUAUGUCAUAUCUAUAUCCAGAGAAUUGA